AUGACCUCCCCAAAUGCCACCCCGCCACCCGUGAUGCGAUCCUCAACUAGGCUCAAGAAAAUUAUGUCCUGGGUCAAGAGUGACACCGAUGCCUUCGUCUUUUGGCUCAAUGGGACAGUUGGACCCGGCAAGUCCGCCAUUGCUCAAACAACCGCAGACUUAUGCGAGGCAGAGGGGUUUCUGUUUGCGACAUUUUUUUUCGGUUGCCCAGACCCAACUCGCAACAAUGCGAAAUUUCUCAUCACCACGCUGGCAUACCAGAUCGCACGCGCCAUUCCUGCAGCACGCCAGUCGAUCGAGCACGUCUUCGAAUGCGAUCCACUCAUCUACACACAAUCGAUGGAGACACAGGCGUUGAAGCUCAUGAUCGAGCCGUUACAGUAG